UCUUUGCACAUCAGUUGGUUGGAAUUUAUGCACCCGUUCGGAAUCCUCCGCCGAACAGCGAGAGUGGACUAGCGUUUGACGAACACUGAACAGGACAGAAACUCUACACACAGUGGCUCUAGUGGUGAAAGAGGUUUAGUUUUAGUUGCUUGAAAAUUUUCGUUUUGUGUGUUUUCUUCUCGAGUGCAGUAAAGAAAUAUGAUACAACAACGACCGACUGCGUGCGUUCAAAGAGCAUUACUAUAUAGAACAUCGAGUGACACUGCUUGGCAGUGAAGUUGUCAGUAGCAGCAGAACCAACAGGAAGUUCACCUGUUUCCCAUCAAAGUAUAACAAUACUGGCAAUCAGUGGGGUGAAGCAGGCUGACGAAAAAAAUUAAGCAAGUAUACAUAAGCAAUUGAAAGAGAACACCCGGUGAAGGAUAAGAGAGCAAAAUACAAGAAAAAUUUUCCCAUACAUUUGGAUUAGAAGUGGCUUUGUGUUGCUAUAUUGAGGAAAGCAAGAGAGAGAACGUGUGAUCUUGGGUGUAAUACAGGAAAAAAAGGCCAAAGAAGCGUAAAUUUAUAGCCAAGUGAAAUAGUGUUUGAAUAAAGCUGAAGAAAGAUGAGGGAAAAUUAUAAUUGUUAUUGAUCGGAAGAAGGUGUAGUGAAAGGAGAAUAAAUUAUACGACAGCUCUACAGGAACGGUGCUGGAAGAAAACAGAACGACGAAAAGAAGGUGAAAAGAAGGUUGAGUGUGGCUUGCAAGCGAUUUCCCUUUUCGUGGUCGUUCGAGGUCGUGCUAAAUAAACAUUCAUUUGAACGUCGUCGUAGUCGAACCAAUCAUUUGCGGCUCAAGAAACUGGAAGAACCCACCAGCGAACGGCAGUGCAAGUGACAAGUGAGUAAAAAGCAAUUAUGUGUUGGUAAUACGCACCUUAUGGGCACAGUAAAACGUCAACAUUGUUGCGAGUUGUGUUAAGAAACUACGAAGGAAAUCCCCGGCAAAUUUAACCGAGUGAUUUUUCCUGUGUAUCGUUAAGUCGCUCAGUAAACAUAGUGUGUACAAAAACGUAGGCAAAGAAAAACGCGAGAUUUUUCCUCCUCUUGAGCACCAAUAGGUCGUCAUCGCCGCAGUGAGUACAACAGAGUACGGAAUUUGAAAAAAAAGAAAACGACUGUCUGUUGGUGGUGUUUGUUAGGGGCUCCCCAGAAAACCAGAUUUCUGUACGCGACAGCAUCGUACAGGUUUCCAUCGGAAGGCGGACUGGCAGGCGCCAGUGUGUGUAUCGAAGAGAGAUGAUGUCUCAUCGCACCGGUUAAAUUGGUGUAGCAACUUCUGCCGCAGCAUUGUUGAAUCGGAGGGAAACAUGUUUAUUGGACGCUCCAGCUACCAAUCCCGACGGUGCUGUGUGCCGAAACAGAACUGAACAAUUGCAGCUAUAGGCUAGCGCUAGAACGGAGAGGAUUGAGGACGCGCAUCACUCGGUACGUGUGUAUGUGUUCUGCAGCUACGAUGAUGAGGUGGAUGCCGCUGGCUGUUUUCUGGUAAUCACCAUCAUCGCCAUCGUCGUAGUCGUCGUCGCCUACAUCAUCUUCGAGACCCAAAAGAGGACAGCGAAAGCUCGACAUUUCCCGAGCGGUAGGAUUCCCUCACCCUUCCACGCUCUUCGCUGCGCGCUUAUACGUACCUUCAGCUAUAGAUGUGUGUGGUUUGUUGAAAUGGUUCAUCGUGGGAUACCCGAAACCGAAGCUUUGUCCGGAUUUGAAACUUAGCACCGUUUUGAGUUUUUUUGUCCGAGAAAGAAUUAUUGCUUGUUAGAGUGUCGGUUGCUGAUCCGGGACAAGCGACGACGAAAAGAAGAAAUUAACAUGAAGGCCAACCACCGCUGGGGAAUUGCGAUCCGGUAACUGCGGCCGGACCGGCAAACUUCGAGAGCAAUUCAAGGAAGGAGAAAUUAAGGAUCAAGUGCUACUAGUCAAGUGUUUGGUCGAGCGUGGGCUGGUUCGGGGCUGCAACCGCAAUGGAUUCGUGAGCCAUAUGGCGUAGAAGCCGACAGAAAUGCUUUCGAAAUGGGUGAUUAAUCAUCGCAGCAGUGCCACUUAGUAGUGCAUGGAAGCGAGCGAGCUUUUUGGAUUUCGAACCGAACUCAAAAGUGUGGAAGUGAACGAUUUUCCUGCUACAUAAAUAAUAAUCACACGCGGCAUGGUUUAGGAAUUUCCCUCCAUUUAAGGUUGAUGUGAACCACCUAGCGGAACUUUUUUUCUAACGAUAACAGUUUUCGGUGCAAUGGUUUGAAAGCCAUCCAAUAUUCCGACGCUGAGGAUGAAACGAUGUGAAAUUGUGUGAAGAUGUAGACUUGAUAGAAAUCUUGGAAAUUUGCAGCUCUCAUGAUUUUCCAUCUGCUUAGGCCGGAACUCGGUAUGAUUACUGCGGUGAGGAAACAACAAAAAAGCGAUUAAGUGAACGUAAAGCCGAUUCUGGUGUCCGUGGUGCUCCUUUGCAGUCAUGAAGCAGUCGCAGGAAAUUGUAUAAUUUUAGCGAAAAUGCCUUUGGUUAGCUAGGUCUUUGUAGCCGUUAAUGUAUAAAGGAGAAAAGUAUCACAGCGAGAAGGAUAAUAAUAAUAAUAAAAGUCUAAUCUGUAGAGAAGAGGAAAAUCAUAACGCUAGUCGCGACUGGAUUUAUUUUCAACGAACGGUGAAACAACGGGAAAGGUUUAUUUUUCCAAUCCUCUUUAGGGACGGCUUCGAAUAAGGAGAAACGAUUCAAACGACUGAUUUUAGAACCUCUCCAAAGGAGUGUUCUAACCAUUACUGUAACGUUCCGGGUACAUUCAUUGGGGACCAUUGAAAAAUUCCACCAAAUAGUAUGGCUUCGGUCGCCGCUUGGUUGCCCUUUGCACGGGCGGCGGCCAUCGGGUGGGUCCCCAUUGCAUCCCACCCACUACCAGCACCACCGGUGUUCAAAGAUCGGCUCCGGUCGGAAGAUGAGAAACUUAUCAUCAAUGUGUCCGGACGGCGAUUCGAAACCUGGCGAACGACCGUCGAAAAAUACCCGGACACACUGCUCGGAUCGAACGAGCGGGACUUUUUCUACGAUGAAGACACUAAAGAGUACUUUUUCGACCGUGAUCCGGACAUCUUUAGGCACAUAUUAAAUUACUAUCGCACCGGAAAACUACACUACCCUCGGCAUGAGUGUCUGCUCAGCUACGACGAAGAGUUGGCGUUCUUCGGCAUCAUGCCAGAUGUGAUCGGAGACUGCUGCUAUGAAGACUAUCGAGACCGGAAGCGAGAAAAUGCCGAACGACUGAUGGACGACAAACUGUCGGAGAAUAGUGAUAAUAAUCUGCAACAGCUAACCAACAUCAGACAACGGAUGUGGCGAGCAUUCGAGAAUCCGCAUACUUCCACUGCCGCCCUCGUGUUCUACUACGUAACGGGCUUUUUCAUUGCUGUAUCUGUGAUGGCCAACGUCGUGGAGACGGUGCCCUGUGGGUUGCGGCCGGGCCGCGCCGGGACACUGUCCUGCGGUGAACGGUACAAGAUUGUCUUCUUCUGUUUGGACACGGCCUGUGUAAUGAUAUUCACCGCUGAGUAUCUGCUCCGGUUGUUUGCCGCUCCGAAUCGGUGCAAAUUCAUGCGAAGUGUAAUGAGUGUCAUCGAUGUGGUGGCCAUCAUGCCGUACUAUAUCGGUCUCGGUAUUACCGAUAACGACGACGUAUCCGGCGCGUUUGUGACGCUUCGGGUGUUCCGUGUGUUCCGAAUUUUCAAAUUCUCCCGUCACUCGCAGGGUCUGCGAAUUCUUGGCUACACGCUAAAGUCCUGCGCCUCCGAACUGGGCUUCCUAGUGUUCUCGCUGGCGAUGGCCAUCAUCAUCUUCGCCACCGUCAUGUUCUACGCCGAGAAGAACGUGGACGGUACGAACUUCACUUCUAUCCCAGCGGCAUUUUGGUAUACAAUUGUCACAAUGACAACGUUAGGUUACGGUGAUAUGGUGCCAGAAACAAUAGCCGGUAAGAUCGUGGGAGGCGUCUGUUCGCUGAGCGGGGUGUUGGUCAUCGCGCUACCCGUACCUGUGAUCGUGUCAAACUUCAGUCGCAUCUACCACCAGAACCAGCGGGCGGACAAGCGGAAAGCACAGCGGAAAGCACGUCUCGCACGAAUACGAAUAGCGAAAGCGGGCGCCAGUGCGGCGUUCGCGAGUAAGAAGAAGGCUGCCGAGUCGCGGCUAGCAGCGCAGGAGUCUGGCAUCGAACUGGACGACAACUACAACGACGAAGACAUCUUCGAACUACAGCAUCACCAUCUGUUAAGAUGUUUAGAGAAGACUACGGACCGGGAGUUUGUCGAGCUAGAGACGCAGUACAACGGCCAAACGAAACGGCCCGGAUCUCCGUCUCCGAUGGCCAGUCCUUCACACUCAGCCAACACUGCGACCGGCGCCACCGGGCUAAUACAGUCCUGCUGUGGACGGUGCUGUUCCCAGCGGUAUCAGCCUAAUCUUUCGGUGGAUUUUCAGAUACAGAGCUACACGUCGGCGAACCAAUGAUGUCAGGAGGACGACAUUCCCCUGCGAGAGAGAAAAAAGUCCUAAUAGAUUCCGGAGGCCUCAACCUUCCCCGCAGAUAGCCGAAACGCAGGACGGCCACAGCCGAUUUGAGUGAGCUCACUUUUCCCUCGAACGCCAGCAGAAGUCCACGGAGGCCCAUCGGCGUUAUGCGAAAAUGGCUCUAAUGUUCGGUGGACAAUUUUCCAGAUGAGUCGCAGCAGCAGUAGCAGCAGUGGCAGCAUCAAACCACCAGUCUGUCCUGCGGUAUUUGUGUGUGUUUUGGUCGUUUGUAGGCAGAACGCUUCUGCUGUCACGCAAACCGAUACGCGCGGCGUCUGCAAACCAUCCCCCAGCUUUACCCUCCUCUCGCAUGGUUAGGGAACCAGGACGCGCCUGUUUGCCGUCGUCACCAUCGUUAUCAAAUCACACUUUAAUGUAGCUACAGAAAUUACCUAUAAAUGUACAGCGUUAUUCUUCCCAUGAUUGAGAUGAAAUUCUUAUCGAACCCAGUAUGAAAUACGGUUAGAGAAACAAUUUCGUAGUAAAAACCAACCAAACCAAACAAACUCGUAAGGUGAAACUUUAGGGUAGCGAUAAAAUUUAGCAAAUAAAAUUUAGACCACAAACAGGAAGAUUAUCCCAAUCAGCAUCCGUUUCAUGAUAUAUAAUGGAAUGUAACCGGUAAACCGGUCAAAGUGGGAAACAGCUUUAACGAAACUCAACUUUAAUGGUUUUUACUAUUACGGUACUCACUGUUAAAAAACUUCGAUAUAUCACCAUAUAUGGAUGUUCUUUCCCACGGGGCGGAUGCUUAUGCAUAACCUGUUUUCCAAAGUGUAGAUAAUGCAGACAAACAACAAGUAAUAUAAUAACUUAAGAGUAGAUCAGCGAAAACAGAGUAGAGAAAAAAUAGAAAAAAAUCACAUAUCAAUUGUGAGCGCAAAAAAAAACUUUACUGCGAAUCAGUACCGGUGUAUAGGAAACGAAAAACACAUUUAUGCUAUGGGAGCUGUUAUAAAAAAUUCAAUUUUAUUUCAAUUCCACUGACAUAGUAGACCUUAUCAUUAUUUUACACUUCUCUUGCUAAGUGAAUAAUUUUUUGUUUGCUUACCGCAAGUUUGGGUAGAAUCCAAAAGCAUCGCGUCUAAGGUUUGUGAAUGUCCGUUUAGUUAACUUAUACAUUCAUAUUUAAGAUUAAUUUUUCUAACAUUACCAAAAUCAUACCAAGAAUUGUUCCCAUAAAUUAUUUUUGAAUUUCGUCUGACUAUAACACUUGCAGUGUGGAACCAUCAAAUCGAUUAAUCAAGCAACAUUCGCUAUUCCAUCCAGAUUCGACUGGUCCUUACAUAACUUCGGUUCUAGUCAUCUUGGUUCCAAUUUCGGAUACUGUAUAAUCUUCCAUAUAGAUCUGUGAAAAUUAUUAGUGUAUGUUCUUAAAAAAAAAGCUUUAUCGUUGUUUAUUGACUAAACCUUUUUAAGAAAAUAAAUGCAAACUGAAAGCAAGAAAAAGAGAAAAAACGACAAAUACCAGAUUAAUUAAUAACAAUAAAUGGAUGUUUCGAGAAACUAGUCAAAAUCGAAGUAAGAUGAAUUUUCUCCUAGGUGUAAAACGAGUUUACAAAAUGAUAGCGUAUUUUACUGAUCUAACUAGAGGAUAGAAAUUAGUGAAAGAAAACAAAAGAACAAAACCAAGAUCAGUAAAACGAAUCCUAGUUUUAAUGAGGUAGCUUAGACGAAAUACCAAAAACAAAUGGCCAGGUGAAAUCGAAAAUAAAGCAAACAGCAACAAAUUAAUCAAGUGUAAGUAACCACUGUGAAUUGCACACAUACCCUUUGUAGAGAGCGUUGGAUAACCAAUUGUUCAACGAAACUCACGGCAGUAUAUAAGAUGCUCGUUUCUAGAAUAUGGUCUGUUGUUAAGCAUUCUUCAACGUCAACACGAAGAACGUUUAUUCUGUGAAUCGCAAACGUAGGCCCAUGGUAAGCUGCCGAACUGGGCAAUCAGUCAAAUGUAAACGUAAUAACUAGAAGGGGAAAGAAUAAUAGUAAACCAAACAAUUCUAAAAAUGACAAACAAUUUAGCGUAAUAAAAAAAACAUAAGAAAGAAGCAUGCCAGACUUAAACUGUUCAUAGUGGUUAAUGAAAUGAAAUUAAUACACCUUAAUAGUAAACUAAAGGAUAAACAUUGGAGAACUGAACAAGUAAAUGAGUGAAAAUAUUAUAUUAAUAUGUUACACUCGUUGCAACAGGACUACUAAACGAAACGAAACGGUAAAAUUACUUAAAGCUGAAUUUAACAGGGUUAUAAGCAAUGCCACAUUUGUACGUAAGCACGCGGCUGGCAAACAAAAACCGGUUGACUUUCCCCGUCCUGCGGGACAAUCCCAGACGAGUUUCACUAGACGAAGACGACCAUUGGGUCAUUUCCGGCUUCACUUUUCGCUAGAACACGAAAGCGUUGUUUUUAUAUCGUUUCUAAUAAUUGUACAGAGUAAGUCUAGGCAGUAUGUAAAAAUCGAAUUCGUUUCCAUGCCCAGUUUACCAGUUCCUAGCGGACAGCUCGAAGCCCCAUGACAUGGUCUUCUUCCCGUAGAGCCCCUAACAAUUCGUCUGAGCCAACCAUUUGGCCAGGGAAAGCAUGAGUUGCAGUGAGUGCCCAAAUUGCGUUCGAACUGUGGAACAUUCACAUUCGGCAAAUUGUAGAACGAUGUGCUUGAAGGAAACAAACCAAAAAAAAAACCAUUUGAUCGUCGCGACAGAAGCAAAACCAACAGCAAUCGAAGGAUUGUUAGUAGAUUCUCAAGCUCUAAACAUUUACUCGAACGGAAUUCUUGAACUUGUUGCAGAAGAAACUUCGGCACACGCUACUCAGUUUUUGAUAAUCACGAUGAUUAGUUUGAAAUUGCUGUACUCGAAGAUUAACCUCUUUAACCAUUUGAAUUUUCCUAUUUUCCUGAUUUACCAACAGUUAACAACUUUGUUCGAAUUCAGUAUGUAUGCAGCUUGCACAGAACAUUUGACGAAAGGUUCGAUACAAUACCAUUCCUCACGGACUGAGCGGCAUUGCAUGCAAUGAAUCAGUUGAACAGAAGUAAUUCAAGGGUGGUAUGCAGAUCGGUUCUUUCAUUUGAAAAAACAAAGGAUAAUUAUUUCGCACAAUUUUCAUCAAUUUGAAUUUCAUUUUACGUUAGUGAUGAACACCAUAUCAAAGAGACAAAUGCUUAUAAUUAUUAUUGUUUCCAAAACAAUAUAAAUUCCACGAGGCAUAAAACAUGCUCGCACAGAAAAUAUAAAUAUUUGAGUUUAUCUACAAAUUGACAAUUCGUACAUUUUCUUUCAAUAAGCGUCAUACAGCAAAAUAUUAUUUUUUUUAAACGCGAAGAGAGAAUUCAAUAUAAAAAUGGAAUUCCGUAAUGCAUUGACUCUCAUUGUUAGGAUUCCAUCCGUUUCAGAAUUCUAUAGUUUACCCACCAAUUCAAUUCGCUUUUAAAAAAAAUAUAAUAAUAAGGCGUGACAUGUAUGUUCAUUACAAAUAAAAACGUUCAUUGAUGUUCAGAAAAGGCAUUUGAAGAAAAAUAAUAGGAAUCUGAUUACUACUAAUUGAGAUAUUAUCAUAAUAUUAUAAACUACAUUAAAUAUGCAAAAUCAUGACUUUUUAUGUUCAAUUAAGGCAGAUACAAAUUUCAUUUUAAUUUUAUGUCACCCCCCCCCCCCUUUCAAAGAUGUUGAAAAUUGGAGGGGGAGGAAGAAAAAGCUGUCAAGCCGUUUUGUUAAUAUUAUUGACUUUUUGACAACGUAUAUGCCAAAUUUAGCAACAAACAAGUCCAGUGACAGUGAAAGUGUCAUCAAAAGGCAAGCCAAAUGAUUAACCCUAUCCUCGCGGCGAGAAAUCAGUUUUUACAUCGAAAAAUGACAUUCAAACUCUUAUUACUCAGCAACCGCAUGCAUAAUUUGCACAAACUAUAUUGCAUGUUGAAGAUUAAUCUGUUCUCUAACUGCUUAGAAUGAUUUCAUCGUUAGAAAUUUCAAGUACAGUUGUUAAACUGUUAUCAAAGUUUAUAUGUCAGGUGAUGCCAUAUGGCGUCAUCCGCGGGGAAUGGGUUAAUAAUGAUAAUAAUGUUAUAUUUUUCAACACACUUUUGCGUGCAAGUUACAAACGUCGUAACUUGCACACAAUUUUUUUUAAAGCUAUUCCUGUUUUUUCUGCUCAGUGUUAUUUAUUUUUUGCCCUUCUCUUAGCUAAUUUGAUAACCGUGGACAUAAAAGCUAUUCAAAAUUUGUAUCAGCCUUAUCUCUAAAUCUAAAAUGAAAAAUCCAUGAUUUGAUUUGGUGCGCUGGAGCUGGGAGAAAGGCCAUUCUAUUGGUUAGAACAUAGAUUGUGGAGCGAUUUAAGCAUUAAAAGUCAUGAUUUUUUUUUAUUUCAAGUUGCUUUGUAAAUUCAAGUACAACUUUUAGUAAACAUAAAACCUUUAUUUUCCCUUUGACGUGUUCCUUGGACACCAGCAAACAUUUUUGGGCAAAAAAAAUCUGCAUAUCGUCUCAUUAGAUUUCAUUGUAGAGGAGAACUGCCGUUCUACGCAUAGUUGUCCCAUGUUACUUCUGGUCGAUUUUCGUUUUUGAUCACCAAUGAGUCUAUUUUCAUGUAUAUUUUUGAAAAACUCUCAAAAAUAACAUUGUUUGUUCCGAAAGUCUUGAAAAACCAUACCAAAUCUGUUUGUCCCAUCGAUGAUUUUCCACACAUAUUUGUCCCACUAGAUUUUUUCUAUUCUAAUCGAUCCCACUAAUCACUAAUUCCCAUAUUCAACACUUGAGAAAUGCUACAGAGCAAUAAAACUUCUCCUUACAACGUUUGGCUACAUUACGGGUGUCAGAUAUUCGGUACCGAAAAUCACUUUGCUUGAUUAUUAAAAUGCGGUACAUUCAUAUUUUUAUUCGGAAUAUCUAAACUUUGUGUGCUGGUUUGUAAUCUGAAUGCCUUUCCUGUUCGAGCAUAAGAAGAUAAACGCAUGAGAAAUAUACUAACUGAAAGUUAUAUGAACUGUGUUUUGUGUGUGGCCAAAAUGGUGAAAGCCUAACAAUGUUCAAAUAUGAGCAAUCUGAAAAAACAAUUCUCCUUUGUAAUGGUAAGUCAUCUGAUACUUAUUUAAUUGACUAGACUUUCAUCUCGACUAUCAUCACCUGCUUUCUUUAUAACACGAUAGCGUGAUCAUUUUCGUGAAAAAUAAACAGCCUUGUAUCCCCAAAACGAACUAUGUAUUGGGAAACAUCGAAUGCACGUGGUGGGACUGAUAUGCGUAGAAUUAACCUGUUGGAAGGCAAAUUUCUCGACAUUAUUGUCCCAUUGGUUAUUUUUAUGGAAAAGAGUGUUAAACAUUCAACUAGAUUUAUUGAAAACAGUCUAUUGCAAGGUUAAACUGCCUAAAAGCCCCCUAAAACUUUAACAUAGUUUUUCUCGUUUGCAUGAUUUGGAACAUGAGACAAAUAUGCGUAGAACGGCAGAGAACUAAGCAAAAUGAUCAUGCUCAAUUCAUUUUACGGUGGCUUUUUUCUUUAAAAAGUAACAUAAAAAUGGUUUAACUUUACACGACUGUAGAAAGGUCCAAAUACCACCCAAUAUAGGUAUUUUCGGAACUGGCAUUGGCAAUUUGCGGUUUCUAGAAACAAGUUUCUAAUGGCCAUCCCACAUUUGAUUAUCAACGGAAUCGUGAUGAUUCUCAGAGACCAGCAAUCAACUUCAGUUGCCUUGUUUAGUUUCACUCCCAGAAGACAGAAGAAACAGAACAGAAGACAGAAUAUUUCAAUGGUGAAAAGGUAAAUCAUUCGUUUAAACACCUUUUUCACGUUACCUUUUCCGUACGGAUUGCAUUACUGCAACUGUAUAACUAUUACAAUAGAAUCAGAGCUCAAUUUGAAAAGAAAUCACGCCAAAACACGUUUCAUACAUUAUAUACUGAACAUAACAAACAACAAGUUUUAUUUAUUGGACAUUGGAAUUUGAACUUCUCUAAACAUACAAAUUACAUUUUUUGAAAACGUUACGGUUCGCGGCUUCAAAUUUACAAAAAUGUUAACGUAGGUAUUUCGCUCAUACUCAAUUUAAUUUUUUUUUCUUGAAAGUUUAUUCCGGACUGCGCAUAUUUUAAUAAAGUUAUGCCUCAAACCUAGCCAUUUAAUAACUAACGCAAAUAGAUUUUUUUCUGAGCAAAGUUUUACCCAGGAAGAAACUUCCUUCUUUGGUAAAAAGAAAAUAUCAAUAUGGAAUUUUAUGACGGAGCCUAACAUUUCAAUUAUAGAAUUUUUAGUUAUAAUUGAAACUCGUUUGCAAAACAUUCAGAUUCAAUAGGGAUGAACUGUUGGGAUAAUUUGUGUAUUACCAAUUUUUUAAGAAGCAAUUCUUCAUAUUUUCAAUCCAAUCUUAUCGUAUUGAUGUCUCAUUUUGUGAUUCUCAUUUUCAUGGUAAUUAAUUAAACCUAUUUAUUUCUGUGCUUGUAACAUAACUAAAUCUCAAACUGCAAUUGCCUUUUCCAGGCAAUAACAUAUGAUAACAACAUCAAUAUUGUGCAGAACUAGCACAAUUUUUGAUUAAGUUUGAAACCUGGAUACUCUAGCGUAUUUCAAUGUGUUAAGUGGCUCUAAACCACUACACUUAUAUAGUAUCAACCGAUGUUGGUAACGUCAUGGAGGUUUGUAUUGGUAAUGUUUUUCAGAAGGCUGUUAUUGUUAGAGCAGUGAUACGAAAUGAUACGACACAUUGGUUAACUAAGAUUUGACCACCGGUAGUAAACCUUUGUUGGGAACGGCAGGAUGUAUUUAUGAUAAAAUUUUCUUCGUUUUUAAAUCAGAGAUUUUUUAUAUCGCCGACUAUAAAAGCACAAGUUACAACUGCUUAAUUGGAUGCAACACUAAAACCCGCGCGUUGUACAUAUUUUGAUUUGACCUUUAAACGAUUGUGUGAGUCCCAUGCACCACUCAAUCGUAAUUUUCGUCAUCACCAUCUUCGAGUGCAGCCUAUGAUUCAUUACUAGAAAGGCAUUUAGCAGACCAAAACAAACAUUUGAUUAGAGUUCGAGUUUGUAAUGUUGUUGUGCAUGACAAUUAAACAAUGAGUAGCCUCCUAAGCCAUGUCCUAGAACUUACAAAUUUCUCUACCAAACGAAACAAUAGCCUAUUGAAAAAAAAGUGAAAAUCUGCGAGUAAUGCUAAAGCGAUUGUUUGAUUGCUGGAAUGAAAGCCACCUUCCCCCGCUGGUAGGAGGCUUGUAUACGUGCAUGCAAAUUAGUAACCAUACAAGUUGAAUAAACAAAUAACAAAUAAAACAGAGCAAAACAUGAUCAAAGAUUUCACUCUCUUCUAUAGGAUAGUAGGAAUUACUCUUUAGCCGUCAGACUACUUUUGCGAAAUGAAGUCAGUUUCGUAUCGAGAUUGAAUUUGAAGCUAAUGCGAAACCCGAAUAAUAGUCAACCUUUGCAUAGUAAAAAUGAGUACUCCCAGGCGCACCUCUCCCGUUCCAUAAUGACGUAGAUAGAAUGUUAUUCAAUAACCGAUCGACCCAGUUUGUCAGAACAAAGAAGAAAUCCAUUUGCAGUUUUGAACUAAACGAAACGGGCUACUUGAAGGUGGAACAGACGAACCACAAAUUUUAAUAUCAUUUACCGAACGGCAGUGAAACAUAUGUCCUAGAAACGAAUUACUGUUUAUAUCUAUAAAGUGAUAGGUAAGUAGCAACUAACACGAAUUGUUUGCAAAACAGAAGAAGGAAUAUCAAAUUAAAACCAAAUUGUUGGUAGCGAACGGAUGUAGAGUAAAUUGAAAUAUUUUUGAAGGAAGUAUUAACACAUAUUUUAAUAAAUCUUGUAUGUGGAUAUAACAUUUAGCAACGUACUUCAAGUGAGAAAACAAAUACCUUGUACAUUAUUUUACAAUAAUCUAUUAUUGAUUUGUAUAUAAAUUUUACCAAGGCGCGAAUGAAACUGUAAAACAGAGGAGUAUAGAAGCUAGAAUAAACCACUACAGAUAUUCACCAUUCUGUUCCAGAGUGGUGAGUAAAAGCAGGUGUGUAUUAAGAAAACAAUGAAGAGCUAAAAAAACCAAAACGUUAUAUUGCAACUAAUCGUCGAAGGAUGUUUACUGGUUUUACUCGCGAUGCCUGAACUGGUCCAUUUCUAGUCAGUAGGAGUACACACUUAUGAACUGUUCCGAAACUAUUGCUGUUGAAAACAAGUUGUAAAGAAUAUUUUUUUGAUGAUGUUGGAAUCAUUUUCCACGAAGAUAGCUGCCCGUGAAAUCCACAGCCAUCGUGAUUCUUGUUACGUUUGAUUUCCCUAAGAGUAAUGAUAGGAAUGAAUAAAUACUCACUUCUCAGUGUUUAAAAUAA